AUAUGAGUCGAAUAUUUUAUGAGCAUACUCAUCCUUUCAGUGAUAUGAAUGCUAAUGAUUCCAUUAUAUUUGACAUUGCUUCAAAUUUAGCUGAAACGAUUACAAAUGAGCAUUUAUCUAUAGACAUAUCAGUAUCAUCGGGCGGCUUGGACAGAUGUUUAUCAGUACCUCCAUUACUUUUGCCAGAGGGUGGAACAGCCGUUGUACGAUUUAAUUUGUCUUCCAUUGUUGAAUUUUUAGAGAGCCACGCAGGCCUUAUGUCGCCCAUUGUCCACGCGCAUGCAUCGCAACCUCAGCAUGGUGUAAUAUCGUUUAUGCAGGAUCCUAAUAUCACUAUAUAUAGUCAAAAUGAACUAGAUUCAGGACAAGUAAAAUAUCAACAUGAUCACUCAGACACAGUUGAAGAUUUCAUAAAACUUGCGAUCUAUCUGUUACCGGAAUACAUACUUCUUUGCAACGUGACCAUUCCCAUAAAGAUUACGCCUAUAAACGAUCAGCCAUUCCGAUUGGUAACCCAAGCGCCGCACGUGUCGGUUGUGCAGGGCGAAAAUAUAACAUUAAAUUCUGAAGACCUGCUAACAGAAGAUUUAGAUACUCCUCCUGAAGAACUUUUGUACGACAUAAUAAGCGGUCCCACGCAAGGCAGAUUAAUUUAUAGACAAAAAAAUCACGAUACCAAUACCUUCGAAGAAACAAUAAACAUCAAUAAGUUUUCUCAAGACGACAUCAACAACGAAAGGAUAAUUUACGAACAUUCCGGAACUACUCAGAUGACGACAUUCUACUUCCGCGUGUGGGAUGGCAAAUUCAAACCAGCGUACACAGUUUUCAAUAUACAUGUUCUUCCGGUCGAAUUGAAUAUCACUUCAGGCGAACCAAUAUAUUUGCAACAAGGAUCUAAUGUUGCAUCGUUGAGGAAGGAACAGUUCAUUGUUGACACCAAUGCCAAUCCGAAUAGAAUAUUUUUCAAUGUGACGCGUUCUCCAAGGGAUGGAGUUUUGUAUGUGAAAGAUGUACGAGCUUUUAGUUUUUCGCAAUCAGACCUUGAAUCAUCGAAUGUCAUGUAUAUGCAGACUGAUAUGACGACAGCCAAUGAUAGUUUUCAGGUUAUGGGAUAUAUAGGGACCAUUGCACAAAUAACAAACAUAGAAGUGAACGUCGAAGUUCAACCUUUAAUGCAGAUCAGUCCGUUAGCUGUUCUGAUGGGUGACAAGACCAGGAUAUCUUUGCGAUCUUUGGAUGCUACACCGCUAGCAAAACUAACAAGCAGCAAUCCCACAUAUCGUAUAAUACGUAAACCACGUUACGGAAAAUUGAAGAAAAUAAUUAGAUCUACCGGCGAGCACAGAAACACAAGAGAUCGCGAAGUAGGCCAAUUUACACAUGAAGAAAUACUAAGCGGUGUAAUAUAUUACGUUCCUAAGAAAUCAACAGAUACGAUUCACUUUGAGGAUAAUUUAAAAUUUACGGUAGCGGCGUCUAUUUUCCAGCCCGCUGUGGCAGAACUUAAGAUCAAACUCAUGGUACAUAACACUAUUAAUGAGCUGCCAGGACCAGGAGACCCCGAAAGUCACGAAGGAGGCAUGCAGGUAGCCAGUCCCAACAUGAGCAGUGACUAUCUCUUAAUAGUAAGCAUGGUAGGAGGAGUAGUCGUACUAGGAAUAGCCGUUAUAGCAGUAAUCAAAUGCCGUAACAUGGAACCGAUUAAAGAAGAUCUGAAUAAAGACGCUCAAACUAUACCACUGCCUAGACCACCUGAUCAUCUAAUGCCGCAUUCCCCUCAUGUCAAACGAUAUAUUUCAUCUGAGGAUUCGUUGCAGAUAGAUGACGAUAUGCCUCUACCAAGCCAUUCCGAUGUCCCUCACUGCAAAGUGAUCGCUUUGAGCCCAGUGGACUCAAUGUUAGGAUCUGAUAUUGAUAUGAAUAUCAGGUACCCAUAUGGAGAUGAUCUCAUAGAAGACUGGAGUACUUACGAUAUUUCCGAAAUUGAAUAUCCACACCGUACGACAAAUUCAAUGAUACAAAGGAGUCAAUACUGGGUCUGA